AUGAGUGGUGUGUUACAAGCUGGCCUUUUAAAAAAAGAUCAAAGGGUUAAAGAUACCGUGCUAGUUAAGCUGCUAGAAUCCUUGAUAUGUUCAAUAUGUCAUGAUCUGAUGUUUGUGCCUGUAAUGACUCAAUGUGGCCAUAACUACUGCUACGAUUGUCUAUCGAGUUGGUUUGACAGUAAUUCCAAUGAACUAAGUUGUCCGCAGUGUAGAGCUAGUAUUAGUGACCCACCAUCAUUGAACAGUGUCUUGCAACAAUGGUUGGUCCAUAUUAUCGAAUUGGUAGGACCUGAUGAGGAUAGUGAAGAAUUCAAGACACUGUUAAGUGCUAAAGAGUCCAGUGAAAAGAGUUACAGAUUCGAUGAAAAGAAUGAUCUGUUUGGGGGUGUUUUCAAGACGAGCGCCAUGGGUGUGGUAGAUGAAGAUGAUGAUGGAAUAUUACGUUGUAGCAAUUGUCAUUGGGAAUUGGAAGAUGAUGUGGGAGAUACAUGUCCACAUUGUAACUCUAGAAUAAGAAGUAGAAUGUCACAACCAAGACGUGGUGGAUUCGAGGAUGAAGAGGAUGAAGAAGAUGGUGAUGAGGAUAGCGAAACAGGAAGUGAUAUGGAGUUGGAAGAUGAUAUAUCACGAUCACUAGUUCAUUACAGGCUCCGGGUUAGAGAACUAGCGGACACGCUGCGCAGAGAUAGAGGCCAUAACGAUAGACAGCUUUUCAUGCAAGGCACAACCGCUGCAGGAGUACCAUUUUAUUUCCCUGAUUAUGCGCUAUACUUGUCAACCGAUUACAGUUUAUCUGAAGAAGAGAGAUCAAGACGUCUAAGGCUAGUGCGGAAUUUAGAAUCUGAAUUGGAAGAAGAUUCACCAAACUCUCCAGGGCACGGACACACGCAUUCUUAUUUCAAUCCUCGGACCCACAACCAUCAAUACGAGGACGAUGAAGUGUCUGAAGAUACGGAUCAUAUAGAUAUGGAUUAUGAUGAUGACCGUGAUGAUAUGGAUGAUAUGGAUGAUGAUCACGCGCCAAGGGACGAUCCAGAAGGUGGAAUUAUAGAUUUGGAAGCUGAAGUGGAUGAAGAUGAGGAUGAAGGAUCAGGCCGUGAUUCCGCAGAGAGCGGCCAUGAUAGUGACUACUACGAAAGGCACGACGGUGGAUUUGUCAGUGGGGACAGUCUUGACGACGCACCGGUGGGAGAGGACGCACUGGAAGACGAGGAAGACGAGGAUCAAGAAGAUCAAGAAGAUCAAGAGGAAGAUAACUCCGACGAUUCCCACGACAGACAAGAGUCAUCGCAUAGACGCAAGAGAUUCCAUGUGGUCCUGGACAGUGAAGACGAGUGA